GGGCGCCAUUCCGAACUGGCAUUUGUUUUUGACUAAAAGUGGAUUGUGCGAAUGCCAGCUUGGUAGGCUAGGGCUUGUCUGUGCUGUCAACUUUGUUUCCACCACCAACGCCCAGAUCAAGAUCCAAGUUGCAGUCCUUCCAUUCCGAUUUGGACAUGGAUUACUACCAGGACUUCAGCGCGGGCGGCGGCAGCGGCGGCGGCUCCGGAGAAGGUAACCAGAGCGGCCAGAGCCAGCGGGGGACAGCCGGGACAGCCGGCAUCCCCGGCAAGGACGACGAGAAGAAACUGUUCGUCGGGGGCCUGAGCAGGGAGACUACGGACCGCGAGCUCAAGGAGUACUUCGGCAAGUUCGGCGAGAUCGAGAGCGUCACGGUCAAGAUCGACCAGUACACUGGGCAGUCGCGGGGCUUCGCCUUCAUCGUCUUCAACAACCCCAAGACCAUCGACAAGCUGCUGGCCGCCGGGGACCACUACAUCCAGAAGCGCAAAGUGGACCCCAAGAGGGUCUCCAAAAAGGCACAGCACGGCAAGAUCUACGUGGGCGGGCUCACGCCUGAAAUCUCAGACGACGACAUCAAGGGCUACUUCUCGCAGUACGGAAACAUUGUGGAAUUCCAGGCCCCCUUCGACAAGAUGAAGAAUCAACGGAAAGGUUUCUGCUUCAUCACAUUUGAGUCGAAAGAUCCCAUGUUCAAUCUGCUUAAGACUCCGAAGCAAUUCAUUAACGGCAAGGAGGUGGAUGUGAAGAAAGUGCGUGCAAAUGCUGAGGGUGGUCGAGGCGGCGGACAAAGGAACGGCUAUGGACAGGGUUACGGACAGGGCUAUGGUGGCUAUGACGGCUAUGGCUACAGCAACUAUGGCAAUAGUUAUGACUAUGGAAAUUACGCCUAUGAUGGCUAUAGCUAUGACAGCCAAGGUGGUUAUGGCGGCAAUGGCAAUGGGAAGCCCCGCAAUCGUCAGUUUUCUAGACACCAACCCUACUAACAUCUUUACUGUUUAAGCAUAUUUCAUAUGCUCUAUAUUUUUUAUAUAGAGCAGAAGUUUUCUUUCUUUUUUUUUCAUUUUGGGGUUGAAUAACGUGAUUGGAGCUCUUUGUUAAUUUUAAUGUAGGUGUAUCUAGUUGUUAGCAAGAUUUGUGUUGCAUUAUGAGAUUUAUAUUUGAUACAAUUAUUUAUCUCUUACUGUCUUCAUAUUAUGACUUCUUGGGGCAUGUCUAUAUUUAUUAUAGAAAUGCAGAAGUAAUGCUUUUGAACAACUGCCAUUAAUUUUUGUUUUCUGUUUGAAUAUCUAUGUUAGGACUUAAACAUAAUCUUUAACUGAGCAUUGAAUGUUAAUAACCAUUUGUGUAAAUUCUGUGAGAGUGAAGCAGCUUAACAUUUUUCAUGUCAUAAAUUUCUGUGUUACUAUCUUGUCAUCUCAUGUUGUUCAGAACUUAAUGGUUUACAUGCCAUCUUAAAGGGAAUGAUGCUUCAGUAAUAUUGAUCUCUGAUAUAAGAUUGAUUUGGAGAUGAUCACAUGUAUUUCACUUGUUCAUUUAUUUUUCAAUGUUUUUACAUCAUUUGCUGUUUUGACUCGUAUUGUAUUUACAUUUUGAGUAAGUGUUGAUUCAUUUUCAAUCCAAGACUGCUAUGUUGCUGUGAAGGGAAACAGUGAUGUCAAAAUGUGAUUAUUUGGAUGUUGCCAUUACUAAAUAUCGUUUUGACGGAUAAUUGUGCAGUUGUGUGCACCACUGCACUUGUUUGAUGUGUGUUUUGAGCUUUAAAAAGGAAGAGUGCAUUGCUUGCUAUGCUGAAUACAAGUUUCCCACACUGCAUGCCUUCCUCAUUUUUGUGCCAUUAGUGGAAUUUGGCAUGUCUGUUUGUGGUGUGAUGUUACUUUGUGAUUGAUAUGCUUUAAACAAGACAACUUUUCCUCAGUGCUAUCAGGAGGAAACUUAGCAGAAUCUCUCCUUGAAAUUAUUGGAAGUAUUUCAUUUUGUUGGUAGAACUUGAACAAAACCAUUUAUGCGCUACAGUAUUUUAUGUAAGUUCUUCACUUUCAAAUGUGAUGGAAGACUGAUUACUUAACUUAAGUAAUUACUGCUCUUAGCUUUGGAUUCAGUAAUGAAAUCUGUCUGUGUGAAAACAAAACAUUAUUUAGAACCAUGCAUGAAUAGUUAUCUAAUUUUAGUUUUUGAGACUUCAGACUUUGCUAGUCAAUGGAACAGUAAGUUCUUCAAAUUACACAGAAAUGUGGUUUAUGUUCCAAACAUCACUAUUUUGAUUGAAAAAUAACUUUGUUUGUACCUUAGUCAUUGCAUGUUAAGAAAUUUUGUUACUUUGCAAAGACAUUGCUUGUUUCAUUUCAAAAUUUAUUUGAACUUUGACUUAUUUGUUAUUGUUACAUAGCUUUGCAUUUUAUUGUUUAAGGAGUUGCCACCAUCCUGAUUUAUUUUGCAUUGUGGAACCACAAAUCAUCACAGGGUCUAAUUUCUGUGUAGUUGAAUCUCAAAACCAAACCUCUACAAAAUUUCAUGUAUUGUGAUAUUUUUCCACUUUGUCUUGAAUGUUACUUUUUCUGGAUAUAAUAAAUUUAUGGGAUUGGA